GCGCCCGGCGCCAGCACAUCCUGUUUUCGUUGGCCGCACGCUGAUGGCGGUCCCUGCCGGACCUCUGGCCAGUGCGUAGGGCCGGUCCUCGCUCGGCACCAAGAGGGCUUGUCGCCCCCCUCCUUUGUCCUCUUGACAAGCCUGCGCAUCGUCUCCCAGGGCGCAGAACUUCUCGUGGCCGGCAGCAUGGGCCGGGAGUCUCGCCACUACCGCAAACGCUCGGCAUCACGAGGACGGUCUGGAAGUCGGUCUCGGAGUCGUUCACCCUCUGACAAAAGAAGUAAACGUGGAGAUGACAGACGCUCUAGGAGUAGAGAUAGAGACAGGAGGAGAGAGAGGUCUCGCAGCAGGGACAAAAGAAGAUCACGGUCCAGGGACAGGAAGCGCCUGAGGCGCUCCAGAAGUAGAGAGCGAGACAGAAGCCGAGAGCGAAGAAGAUCUCGGAGCCGAGAUAGGAGGCGCUCAAGGAGUAGAAGCCGGGGCCGGCGAUCCCGGUCCUCCAGUCCUGGCAGCAAAAGCAAGAAGGCUGAGAAUAGGUCUAGAUCCAAAGAGAAAGCAGAAGGUGGGGACAGUUCUAAAGAGAAGAAAAAGGACAAAGACGACAAGGAAGAUGAGAAGGAGAAGGAUGCUGGGAACUUUGACCAGAAUAAGCUGGAGGAAGAAAUGAGAAAACGAAAAGAAAGAGUUGAAAAAUGGCGAGAAGAGCAGCGUAAAAAGGCCAUGGAAAACAUAGGGGAAUUGAAGAAGGAAAUCGAGGAAAUGAAACAAGGGAAAAAGUGGAGUUUAGAAGAUGAUGAUGAUGAUGAAGAUGAUCCUGCAGAGGCUGAAAAGGAAGGGAAUGAAAUGGAGGGCGAGGAGUUAGAUCCAUUAGAUGCCUACAUGGAGGAAGUGAAAGAAGAAGUGAAGAAGUUUAACAUGAGGAGUGUGAAAGGCGGUGCGGGCAAUGAGAAGAAGUCUGGACCAACCGUCACCAAAGUGGUUACUGUGGUAACAACCAAAAAAGCAGUAGUGGAUUCUGAUAAGAAGAAGGGAGAGCUGAUGGAGAAUGACCAGGAUGCCAUGGAGUAUUCUUCAGAGGAGGAGGAAGUUGAUCUUCAGACAGCCUUGACAGGCUACCAGACAAAACAGAGAAAACUUCUAGAACCAGUUGAUCAUGGAAAAAUUGAGUAUGAACCAUUCAGAAAAAAUUUUUAUGUUGAAGUUCCAGAACUAGCAAAAAUGUCUCAGGAGGAGGUGAAUGUGUUUCGAUUGGAAAUGGAGGGCAUUACAGUUAAAGGAAAAGGUUGUCCCAAACCAAUUAAGUCGUGGGUCCAGUGUGGAAUUUCCAUGAAGAUACUAAACUCCCUCAAAAAGCAUGGCUAUGAGAAGCCCACACCAAUCCAAACUCAAGCAAUUCCUGCUAUAAUGUCUGGACGAGAUUUAAUUGGCAUUGCCAAGACAGGAAGUGGAAAAACCAUUGCCUUUCUUUUGCCCAUGUUUAGACACAUCAUGGAUCAGAGAUCUUUAGAAGAAGGAGAGGGCCCAAUAGCUGUCAUCAUGACUCCAACUCGAGAACUGGCUUUACAGAUCACUAAAGAAUGUAAGAAGUUUUCGAAGACCUUGGGACUCAGAGUGGUCUGUGUGUACGGAGGGACAGGAAUCAGCGAGCAGAUCGCUGAGCUGAAAAGAGGUGCUGAGAUUAUUGUUUGCACACCUGGUCGAAUGAUUGACAUGUUAGCUGCUAACAGUGGUCGAGUCACAAAUCUCCGAAGAGUGACAUAUGUUGUUUUAGAUGAAGCAGACAGAAUGUUUGACAUGGGGUUUGAACCACAGGUCAUGCGCAUUGUGGAUAAUGUUCGUCCUGACCGACAGACAGUUAUGUUUUCAGCUACUUUCCCUAGAGCUAUGGAGGCUUUGGCCCGCAGGAUCCUGAGCAAGCCCAUUGAAGUUCAGGUUGGGGGCAGGAGUGUGGUUUGCUCAGAUGUGGAACAACAAGUGAUUGUGAUUGAAGAAGAAAAGAAAUUCUUGAAAUUACUCGAGCUUUUAGGCCAUUAUCAGGAGUCGGGAUCUGUCAUUAUAUUUGUUGACAAGCAGGAGCAUGCCGAUGGUCUCCUGAAGGACUUGAUGAGAGCAUCUUACCCCUGCAUGUCUCUUCACGGCGGUAUUGAUCAGUACGACAGGGACAGCAUCAUAAAUGACUUUAAGAAUGGAACCUGCAAACUUCUCGUAGCCACGUCAGUUGCUGCUCGAGGUCUAGAUGUGAAACAUUUGAUUCUGGUAGUAAAUUACAGCUGUCCCAACCAUUAUGAAGAUUAUGUGCACAGAGCUGGACGGACUGGAAGGGCAGGCAACAAAGGCUAUGCUUACACUUUCAUCACAGAAGAUCAAGCUCGCUAUGCUGGUGAUAUAAUUAAAGCUCUUGAAUUGUCAGGGACAGCAGUGCCUCCUGACCUGGAAAAGCUCUGGAGUGACUUCAAAGAUCAACAGAAAGCAGAAGGAAAAAUAAUUAAAAAGAGUAGUGGUUUCUCUGGCAAGGGAUUCAAGUUUGAUGAAACAGAACAGGCGUUAGCCAAUGAGAGGAAGAAGUUACAGAAAGCUGCUCUUGGCCUGCAAGAUUCAGAUGAUGAGGACGCUGCAGUUGAUAUUGAUGAACAGAUUGAGAGCAUGUUUAAUUCAAAGAAGAGAGUAAAAGACAUGGCUGCACCUGGCACAUCUAGUGUGCCUGCCCCCACCGCAGGCAACGCUGAGAAGCUAGAGAUUGCCAAGAGGCUGGCUCUUAGAAUCAACGCUCAGAAGAACCUAGGCAUCGAGUCUCAGGUAGAUGUAAUGCAGCAAGCCACCAAUGCCAUUCUCAGAGGGGGCACCAUUCUGGCUCCCACAGUGUCGGCAAAAACCAUUGCAGAACAGCUUGCUGAAAAGAUCAAUGCCAAGCUCAAUUACGUGCCUUUGGAGAAACAGGAAGAGGAGAGGCAGGAGGGUGGGCAGAGCGAAUCUUUCAAGAGAUACGAGGAAGAGUUAGAAAUUAAUGACUUCCCACAGACGGCGAGGUGGAAAGUCACCUCUAAGGAAGCCCUGCAGAGAAUCAGUGAGUACUCGGAAGCCGCCAUCACCAUCAGAGGCACCUACUUCCCUCCUGGCAAAGAGCCCAAGGAAGGAGAACGGAAAAUUUACUUGGCGAUUGAAAGUGCCAACGAGCUGGCUGUGCAGAAAGCAAAGGCAGAAAUCACCAGGCUCAUAAAAGAAGAACUGAUCCGACUGCAAAAUUCGUACCAACCAACAAAUAAAGGACGAUACAAAGUAUUAUAAACCACUCGGAGCCACUUUGUACCUGUGCUGGUCUGUGACAUUUACAAUGUAUUGUAAAGUAAGACCCUGAAAGUUCUGUCUUGCUUAUUUUUUAAAUACAAGAAACUAGUUGUUUGUUACAGAAGUCGCCUGUCAGUAAGUACUGCCCCACACUGGUCCAAACCCCAUUCCAAUCAGACCUCUUUUCAGAGUGCGAUACUCCUUUAUGUCAACCUUUGGUACCAAUAUUUAAGAGUCUGGAAACAGUGGGGUGUUGUAUUGAAUGUACUAAUAAAGUCUGUCAGUCACUGAGGGCCACUGACCUCUCCUCUGUCACUGAAAAUGUGAUGUGAUCAUCUAAGAAAGGUGAAGUCCUUGUCAUGUUUGUUGCUGCCUUUUAAGCUUACCUCCUCUGUUUGACUGACUGGAACUCAUAAACAGGAUCAAAGAAUGUUACAGUAGACAUUCACAAAAUAGGUUCAGAGUUUUUAUUUUAAUUUUUUCAUCAGAAAUGAGUAGUAGUUGGUUUGCCUUUGGUUUUGUAAAAUUAAACAUAAGCAACAUGAUGAGAUUUUUGCAUUUCUUUCUUUUAUUUUCCCUCCUUUUGAGAGAGUCCCUUUGUAGCACAGGCUGGCCUUGAACUUGUGAUCCUCUUGUGUCUACCUCUCUAGUGCUUGAGAUUGCCACCCUCAGCUGCAUCAAUGUUACUAUUUCAGGUUCCCUCUCAGCUCUGACUGUGCCUGAGUGCUAAUUCGUCCUUGCCUACUUUUAGAGAAAGUGAUUGUGGCCUUAUUAUACUAAAAAUAUGAUUCCUUUCCCUCCAAAGUGUUUCUUUAGACAGCUAUACUGUGCUAUAUAUAAAUACCUUACUGCUUUUAGUCUAAUUUUCCUUCAGACUGAUUGAGUAGGUUAUGAAUUUUUCCCCAUUACAACAUGACAGGUGGUGAAUGCCUGUAAUCCUAGAACCCAAGAUGGGGGCAGAAAGAUGAUAAAUUUGAGGCCAUCCUGGGCUUACAUAAUGAAACCUUGCAGGAGGCAGAGGCAGGCAAAUUUCUGGGAGUUUAGGCUAGCCUGGUUUACAGAGCUAAUUCGGACAGCCAAGGCUACACAGAGAAACCCUGUCUUGGAAAACAAAAACAUAAAACAACAAAACAACAAAAGAACAAGGCUGGGGAUCUAGGUCAGUGGUAGUGCACUUGCUUAAGUGUGCCCCAGGUCUAACACAAGGAAAAAGCAAGUGCUGGUUCUUAGGCAGAUGAGGUGACUCGGAUGACUCAGUUGGUGAGGUUUGUGCUACCAAAUCUGGUCACCUGAGUUCAACCCUAUGAUCCACAUAGCACAAAGUAUAAGUUGUUCUUUGUCACGCAUUAUGUGCGCAUAUAUGAGCACAAGCGCACAUAUGCACACAAAUAUAAUAAAAGAAAACAAGCAAAUUACAUGAAAUACUGGUAUUUGAGUUUCAGGCUACAGUCUCUCUUGGUAAAAUUUAGUGCACAAAACCCCCCAAGAUUUGUACUUUAGAACUUUUGGGGUCUGAUUCUGAGUGGUGUAAUUGGAUAACCUAAAACUACUUUCAAUACUCCUGAUAUAUGAAAACUUCAUAUUGUCAUCAGAAAAAAAGCUUUCUCAGGUAUUUAAUAAAUACUUCUUAAAUUAAGAGGUAGAAAGUUUCUUUAAGCAUCCUUGACUUAAACCCACACAGGUAAUCCCAACCUUUAGGAGGUAGAGGCAGGAUGAUCCCUGGGUUCAAGGCCAACCUAUUUUACAUAAUGAGUUUCAGGCCAGUCAGUACUAUACAGUGAGACCCUGUCUUAUAAACAAGAGAACAAACAAAUAUAUAUGUAUAUAUUCUUGAUUUAGAGGUUUUUAAGUCAGAGUAUACUAGAGUUGUUAAAUACUUUUAAGGCUAGAGCAGUGCUCUGUAGUGAGGAGCCGCUUGUUCAUCCCGGCUGCCCAGAAUCUCAGCAUACCGAGGGGAAUCCCACAUCAGCGAUCCAUUCCUUAAGAGCGCUUGGUGCUCUUGUAGAGGACCCAGGUUCAGUUCCCAGCACCCACAUGGCAGCUCAUAUCUGUCUGUAAUUCUAGUGAUUAAAUCUAAAGAACAGUCAAACAUUUUUAAUAUAGUUAAUAGCCGUAUUGACAGGUGAGCAUUCUGUUUGUUAAGUAUAAGUGUCUUUGUCCUGGAAAGGUAAAAUAUAAUUGGGAAAUAAUUUUUAUACCUUCACAUAUCCAGUUAUUUCUCUUGAAGGAAGAAAGUAGAAGAAAUACCUAUAACAAUAUCAUGAAACUCAACUUCACACCAGAAUUCUGGUCAUCACACUUGUUCCCGCCUUAGUUUGUUACCUUACGAGUACAUGGCAGUCACACUGGUUCAAUGGUGCUCCCCGAAACUCGCCGGGUCUCGUUGAGGCCCAAAAGUUAUAUCAUUUCGAAUUUUCUGUUUGUGGAUCUCGCUGUGAAGAAACACUGAUAGUAUUUUGUUCGCAAAUGAAAUAUUGCUUAGUACAUUUUUUUAGUAUCAAUACUGACUUGAUUUUUAAAGUUUGGAUGAUGUACAAAUUUUGUUUUUAAUGCAAUAUCAAUAUUUGCUCAAGGUCUCUAAAUUCCUUACAGAAUAAAGUUAAUUCAGUCUGGA